GGCCACACUGUUACUUGCUCCAAGCCCAUUCCUCUACCAUGAGUGUGAAACAGCUAAAAUCAGCAGAUCCGCAUGGACCUUGAGGUGACAGGCUGGCUCUGGAUUCCUCUUCGAAUGGUUCAGAAUGUGGAGGAAAGAGUCCCAGGCAGUCAUUCCUUCAGCUUCACUGAACAAGUUGAAAUCAUCGCAGAAGGAUAAAGUUCGUCAGUUUAUGAUCUUCACACAAUCUAGUGAAAAAACUGCAGUGAGUUGUCUUUCUCAAAAUGACUGGAAGUUAGAUGUUGCAACAGAUAAUUUUUUUCAAAAUCCAGAACUUUAUAUACGGGAGAGUGUAAAAGGAUCAUUGGACAGGAAGAAGCUAGAACAACUUUACAAUAGAUACAAAGAUCCUCAAGAUGAAAAUAAAAUUGGAAUAGAUGGUAUACAGCAGUUCUGUGAUGACCUGGCCCUCGAUCCAGCCAGCAUCAGUGUGCUGAUCAUUGCAUGGAAGUUCAGGGCAGCCACACAGUGUGAGUUCUCCAAACAGGAGUUCAUGGACGGCAUGACAGAGUUAGGAUGUGACAGCAUAGAAAAACUAAAGGCCCAAAUACCCAAGAUGGAACAAGACUUGAAAGAACCAGGACGAUUUAAGGAUUUUUACCAGUUUACUUUUAAUUUUGCAAAGAAUCCAGGACAAAAAGGAUUAGAUCUAGAAAUGGCCAUUGCUUACUGGAACUUAGUGCUUAAUGGAAGAUUUAAAUUCUUAGACUUAUGGAAUAAAUUUUUGUUGGAGCAUCAUAAACGAUCAAUACCAAAAGACACAUGGAAUCUUCUGUUAGACUUCAGUUCAAUGAUUGCAGAUGACAUGUCCAAUUAUGAUGAGGAAGGAGCAUGGCCUGUUCUUAUUGAUGACUUUGUGGAAUUUGCACGCCCUCAAAUUGCUGGGACAAAAAGUACAACAGUGUAGCACUAAAGGAACCUUCUAGAAUGUACAUAGUCUGUACAAUAAAUACAACGGAAAAAUGCACAGUCAAUUUCUGCUGGCUGGACCGAACUGAAGAUCAAUCCUCACAGUUCAAACUGAGGGUUGAGACAAAACUUUAAGGAUACAUCUUGGACCAUAUCGUACUCCGUUCUUCUACUGGUGGUUUGGGCUUGUCUUCUAGUCUGGGCCACUCUAAACAUUUAUAAUUCCAACAUUGUGGAUUUCAUCUUAUACCUGUGGACCAUCUUAGUUUGUCUUCCCAUAAGUCAUAGAAGCUUGAUGGUGAUUAUUUUGAGGUUUCCAUUCUUGCAUAAAGCACAAUGCUGUCUUCAUCAGAAAACAGUUUGGCAUAAGAAUUAAACAUAAUAAUGAACACCACAACAAUUUAUAAAAACUUCUUAAGUAUAUGCUUCGGGCUAGUUGCAAAGACUAUGCUGGUAGCACCUCAAAUGAGAGUGAUUUAUCUGAGUGGACCGGAUUUGGAAUGGUGUUUGGUUUCAGGGAAUCUAACUUUUCCUGGCAAACCACAUGUACUGUUGACGUGAGUGGGAUAGCUGAUGAAAGAAAUGUCAAAAUAACCAACACAUGAAAAAAAUUAGGAUAACUUGGUGACUACCUGAAAUAUGGCUUGUGUUUCAGACCCUCACAAAGGUCUACAAAACAGUCUGUGAUUGUCUUACCCACGUUUAUACACAGUGGUUCUGCAGGGAACUCUUAUUUAAACAAUAUUGUAAUGGGACAUCUGUUAGAGUCCACUCUCGUCUCCAUCACACACCACAUAAUUGGAUUUCAUUAUGCUUUUGAAAUGCUUCUAUGUCGAAUAAGUUAAACUAUUUCAUUUGUUUUGAAUGUUUUGGAUUGCUAUAUAAUACAAUAUUCUAAAUUUAGGCAUGAAGGUUUAGUUUUUUUUUUUUUUAAUUUUUUGUCAUCGCACUAUGGAACACAAUGCAAUUCACUUAAUUUAUAAGAAGAUAGUAGGAUUUACAUUUUAGAAGUGGUUGUGAUGAGCCAUGAAGUUCAAUAUUUAUCAUAUAGGCACUGCUCUUUCAGGCAAUACUCCAGCCCCUACGACUUCUCAUUGUGUUGAAAUGGCUUUACUGCUAAAUCACUGUGGUUGCCAAAUCUUUACUCCAAGAGCAGAGGUUUUCAAACAGGCGAGUGCUGGUGCAGAGUACCAAUGGCUUCUGUUGUAUAAAUUACUUGGACUUUUGACUGUUUUUCUCUCACUCGCAUUUGCUAUUUCCACAUCAAAGCAGAAUACUGUCUUGAUUGUAUUUUAUUUUUUCAUGACAGGACCCAUGAAAUGCUCUCCUGCUGAAAAUGUGUGUUUUCUCUGUUAACAUGCUGACAUGUGAAAGGGUGUAUCCAUAAAUAUUUUCCAGGAGAGAGUUAAUAAUGAUGAGCUUAGAUGUUGGAAGAGUUUGCUUCAUGUGUCCAGUCCUCUUCAGGGCACAAAGGAAUGUACUUUGGGAGACUAGAACAUUUUAUGCAGAUAUGGAAAUGAUUAAAACUGCUUUUUAGUCACAUGAUUUGGAAAUUGCAUAGAAAGCUUACCUUAUAGAUAUAUCAUUAUGCCAAUCAUAAUUUUAAUUUAGGAAUACAUUUCAAAUACCAAAAAAAGCUUAGAGUCAAUUUUUAUUCACGUUACAGAAAUUGGUUAUUAAAAGAAAAAUGAAUCUUGCUGUUUUCAGUAUUUCAUGAUUUCAUUUUUGUAAAUAUGAAGAACUUCAAUUAUGAAAAAAGUUAGAUAUAUAUAUAUAUAUACAUAUAUGUGUGUGUAUAUAUAUAUAUGUAUAUAUAUAUCUUCAAAAGUUUUGCUGACAUAUAUUGUUUAUUCCCUACAUGGAACAUUUUGAGUUCUGGUGUUGUUUUCAGAUUGAUUGAUUCAGUAUGAUUUGUUUUCAAAUGAAAGCCCCUUAGCUCCUCCCCCACCUCAUACAUUUUUCUUCAUAAAAUCUCAAUAUUUGUUUGUGGCCUAAUGCUUUGAGUUUUACAGAUUUUAUUUUUAAAUGCAAGACUUUUCAACUUUGUCAUCAGUUUGGUACUAAACAUUUACAAUUACUGUGUAAUUAUAAACAAAAAUAUAUAAAGCUUUAAUAUAAUUAUGUAGCAAAAAAAGUUAAGGUGUUCACUGUGGUGGCAUCUUAGAAUUAAACAAAGCUAUUCCUAGGGCUCAAAACAUAAAACUGAUUUAUUGUGUUUAUUGUGAGGAUAAAUGUCUGGUUAUAGGGAAUGUUUUGUACUGUUGGGGGAGGGGCAUUGGUGAGUCUGGAGAGAAACAGCACAUGCACACACAACCAGUGUAACUGCUUUGGGUCAUGGGUUUCGGUCUUCUUUUGCAUCAGUUCUCGAUGCUGAGUCUUUUUUUUUUUUUUUUUUUUUUUUCUUUCAGAGAGACCCAUAGGGAGAGUUUACUUUUUGCCAAAUGUCAGAACAGGUACACAAUCUUAAAUGUAAUGCUUUCUAAAUAGUAAAAUGUAUAAAAUAAGAAGUACCCACAUAUAAAAAUACUUGAGAUCAAGGUUAUCUUCAGUGAAUAUCAUCUGCAUAUCUCUGUAAGUUCAAGUGUGUCUUUUCCAAUCCCUGUCAUAUUACCAACAGAGGCAAUAAAAGCUUCAGUGAAAUUGCCAUGACUAAA